UAUUCAUUUGGAGUAAUUAAUUUGUUCCAUAAAUCAAGCUUUGGAUUUGAAAACCUACAAAGCUUUACCAUUUCUGCUCUCUUAUUACUACUACUUCCCAAUCCUCUCUCAUACAUACAUCACUAUAUUAUUUGCAACUGUUCCAAGUUCCCUUGUUUUUCUGCUCGUCAAAUCAUCCAACGUGAAUUUGAUCAGUUUGAAGUAGGCAAAUUAAUUACUUUAAUAUGUCAGCCGCUGUUGCCGCUGCAGCUGCUGCCGCAUGCGUGUCCUCGAAUAGCAGUUCUCAUCAUCAAAGUGAUCGUUCAGUGUCACUCACGCUACCACCACCCCAGCCAUUAUCGUCGCUCCCAGCUUUAAGCCGCUAUGAAUCUCAGAAGCGACGUGACUGGAACACGUUUGGGCAGUAUCUGAAGAACCAUCGUCCCCCCUUGGCUCUCUCACGCUGCAGUGGUGCACACGUCCUUGAAUUCCUGAAAUACCUGGAUCAGUUUGGGAAAACCAAAGUACACACCCAAAACUGUGCCUUCUUUGGACACUCUCACCCACCAGCGCCUUGUCCUUGCCCUCUGAAGCAAGCCUGGGGCAGCUUGGAUGCACUCAUAGGCCGCCUCCGUGCAGCCUUUGAGGAGAACGGUGGGCAAUCAGAGAUGAACCCGUUUGGUGCGCGUGCCGUGAGGCUGUACCUAAGGGAAGUAAGGGACACUCAAGCUAAGGCUAGAGGCAUAGUUUAUGAGAAGAAGAAGAGAAAGAAACCACAGCAGCUGCCGCAACACUUAACAGCCACUGAUGGCAACCAUUUUGAUCAGCAAGGUGGCUCAGGUUCAGGUUCAGGUUCAGGUUGAGUCAAGGGGGGCUAUAUAUGGUGUAGGAAACAAUGUCAGUGCUCAAGUAGCAAGAUCAGCUUCAGGAGAAAAUGGAGGAUAUGUAGUACUGUAGUAAUUUAGUAGUAUAAGUGCAUGCAGUAAUUUGGAGCUUUUCAGUGUAACUAAUGAAAGCAGCCUAUUUUAUUAUUGAAUUUCUAGUUUUGUGUAAACAGAAAUUUAGCUGCUUUGCCUUUGCUUGCCAGGUACUGUUAGUUUCAA